AUUGAUUGCCCUGAAUCCAGAUGCACACAUACCAAGACAUGGAGGUGAAACUCUCCAACACAAAUGGAUGGAAGAGAUCCAGUUUGGGUCCGGACACAGCUCCACACAGGUGUCACAUUAAGACAGGAUUCAUUCUGCUACUUACAUUUGCCUUCUUACUGACUGCCGUUGCUUACCUCUCUGAAUUCUCUCUCAAGAUUGCUGCGCUCCCCGACACCUUGUAUGAAAAAGUGAUACGCUCCUAUUAUGUUGUGAUUGGGUACCCAUCUGCCAGUGAAAAUCAAACUAUAUUUUUAGCACCCAACAGAGUUCAACAGAGUCCCACACAAGUUCCUACACAAACCACAGACAUUUCAGUGCAUCAUCAUGUGGCUCAUCCAAGCAACUAUCAUUUCAUCCUGGAUGAACCUGAUAAAUGUAGUCAGAAUCCGUUCCUGGUCUUGAUGGUCCCUGUGGCCCCUCAAAAGGUAGAUGCUCGUAAUGCCAUCCGGAGCACAUGGGGGAAUGAAAGCUCAGUCCAGGGAAAAGCAGUGCUGACUCUGUUCUUGGUGGGUUUGACUCGAGGACCUGAAGCUCAACAGCAGCUGGAGGAAGAGAGCCGACAACACAGAGAUUUAGUGCAGAGCAACUUUGUAGACUCCUACUUCAACCUGACCAUAAAGACAAUGGUGAUCAUGGACUGGUUGGCCACUCGUUGCCCUCAAGCAUCUUAUGCUAUGAAAGUUGAUUCUGACAUGUACACAGGCCUGGAGAACCUGAUGAGCCUGCUAUUGGCACCCAACACACCCAGACAGAACUACAUUACAGGCUAUUUGAUGUGGAACCGGCCUGUCGUCAGAAACAAAAACUCAAAAUGGUACGUGGCAGAGGAACUGUACCCUGAACCGAAAUACCCCACGUACCUGCUUGGAAUGGGAUAUGUUUUCUCCAAUGACCUGCCAGAAAAAAUAGUUGAGGCUUCCAAGGUCAUAAAGCCCUUUAACAUUGAGGACGCAUAUGUGGGCGCUUGUCUGAAACAGUUAGGCAUUGCACCCUCAUCUCCCCCAGACCCUUCACAGUUUAGAGCCUAUCUGGGAAAAUAUAAGCGAGAGGAUUUUCUCAGAGUUAUUACAACAAUCCUGGGAUCUCCACAGCAGCUAAUAGACAUUUGGAAGGAUGUAAAGAGGCCCACAUAAAAUGAAUCAAAUUGAAUUAGUGGUUGCCUUUAUUUGAUUAAUAAACGACUGUUAUGCUGCACAUACAA